CCCUUUUUCCCCUUUUUUUCUACUACCAUCUUUCUUCCUUUUGCUUUCUCUCUCUUCUCUCUCCCUCCUUCCCAUCUCUGACCUAAUUAAGAUCCUUCCCUUGUAAUAUCUACUAGCUAGAUCCAUAUCCAGUUGGAUUUUAGCAAAGAAGAUGACUCCAUCAGGUCAAUUCGGGGACACCACAUACACUAAGGUGUUUGUUGGGGGUUUGGCAUGGGAGACUCAGAAGGAAACCAUGAAGAAAUACUUUGAACAGUUUGGUGAUAUCUUAGAGGCUGUCGUCAUCACUGAUAAGGCUACUGGAAGAUCCAAAGGCUAUGGAUUUGUAACAUUUCGUGAGGCUGAAGCAGCCAUGAGGGCUUGUGUUGAUGCUGCUCCUGUCAUUGAUGGAAGAAGGGCCAACUGCAAUCUUGCUUCCAUGGGAGUUCAAAGAUCUAAGCCUACUACCCCUAAACAUGGAGGAGGCAGGAACUUUAGGGUGAUGAGUGGUUUUCAUGGAGGGUUUCAAGCAGCAGGUGGGUUAGGAACAACUUUUCCUUCAGCAGCAACCUUCCCUCAUUAUGCCAUCCAACAAGGGAUACCUUACAAUGUUUAUGGGUACUCUCCCUACUCGCCAGAUUACACUUACCCUACGGGUUACUAUAGUGUGUAUGGAGGAGCAACUAGUCAAUAUCCAGUGUAUGGGAGUGCAGCUACUGCUAGUGGUGUGUUAUCGAGUGCAGCUGCUGCGUUUUACCCAUACAUGAAUUUUGGUGAAGGAAGUGGCAAUGGCUGCUACACAGCUAACCAGGGCUACGGUGUUCAUUACCCACACCAUCUCUUCCCCUAUUCAGCUGCUGCUGGCCCAGGUUACCCAUCACAGCACUAUGGUACCCCCAUUUCCCUAGCUCCCUCACCUGCCCUCCAUUCAGUUUGUUUUGCUGUGCCACAGGCGUGACAAUGUCUCUGCGUGCACCAAUUCCUCAUCAUUAAGAGAGAUCAUAUAAUUGUCAAACGGUCAAGAGAGAUCGAUACAACAUUGGAUCUUUGGCCUAACCAUGGUUCUCUUGCAUCUUUCUCUUUGUCAAUUAAUGGAGGGAAGCCUGCGUAUGGAACAAGGGCUUCUCCAAAAGUUUUUUUAAGUCCCCCCAUAGGGGAAAUAUGUGAAGUAAAUUAUAUUCUCCACAUAUCCAUUUCUUCUCUUGUAAGGAAAGGGUCCUUCAAGAAAACCAAAGCAUGCAUAUGCAUCUCAUCACCAUAUCAUCAUCACAAGCUAUCAAAGAGCUUAGUUGAUCAUCAUGUUUUUAUCUUCUUUUUAUCUCUAAAAACUUAGCCGUGGAAAGGCUGAGCAAAGUUUGCCCCUCAAGGGCUCAACUAUAAAGUCCCGAAUUAGUUUUAGUUUUGAAAAAGAAAAAAGUUCAUGUAAAUUUCAAGAAUUUUCCAACUUGUAGUCCUUUCAACUUCACAUUAAUGUGGAUCUUGAAAUGGUUGAUCCCUCCAACUUAAGCUUUACAUAUAACUUGUAGAUGUUAUAAAAGUUUUGUGAAAUCAUGGGCAUGAGGAUGUCCCAAGUUUUUUGUUACUGCUAACUAUUAACUAGUCUUAGGAUUUUAGAACUUAGACUAGGAUCAAUCACCUUUUGAAAAUCUUUUUUAAAUUUUCUUUUUGAUACUAUGUGUCUAACAAACCAGCAAUCUCUCUUGAGGAUAAGAGGGAUUAUCUGAAUUGACUGUUGAUGUUCUUUUUAAUGUUGUAAAAAAUCUAGGGUGGGGGCUAGAAUUGGGUAAUUUUAGCCCCUUUUACAUUAAUAUAGGAGGGAUACUGUUGCCUUUUCGUUUUCUUUGGUAAAUCACUUUAGCCUUUAUCAUAUUUCAUUAACUUUUUCAGGAACUCCAUCAAAUGGUCAUGGAGUUCCAAUGCAUGUGAAGUUGGUUACCCUAGGGAGAUAUUUUGGGGUCUCUUGGGUUCUUCUUCAACUAGACUCUCAACCAUGGUUAGGACUCAGGUCAUCUUCAUUUCUCUGUCACUCUCUCUUUCUUUGUAAUUUGAGCUGAAAUUUGAUACUCUUAUAUGUAUAAGCCUAUGAUGUUUGGAUUGUAGUAAACUAGGAAGAAGAUUCCUUCUCCAUCAUGGAUGAUUGAGAAUGGAUUGAUACUACUUAAGCAACUUACUCUUUUUAUUUCAAUUAUGUCAGAGACCACUUUGUUUUUAUUUUGCUAAUGCAUCCAUCCUUUAUGAA